CUCUCUCUCUCCCUCUCUCUCUCUUGCCGCCGACCGACCGACACUUGCAGCCAUUUUACGCAGGACGAACCCAAUCAUGUCGUGAGAGAAGCUCGCUGGUCACCUGGGCAGAGCCACCAGCCACCGCGCGCCCCGGUGGUCGCACGCACGCACGCGGGCAGGCAGGCAGGCAGGCAGGUUCGGCCAAAAUGGUGAAGAGGAAAAGCUUGGACGACAACGAGCCGGAGUGCGGGAAAGGAAUACCGUUCCCGAUCCAGACCUUCCUGUGGAGGCAAACCAGUGCAUUUCUGCGUCCAAAGUUGGGAAAACAGUAUGAAGCCUCAUGUGUGUCCUUUGAGCGGGUGCUGGUGGAGAAUAAGCUCCACGGGCUGUCGCCGGCCCUGUCGGAGGCCAUCCAGAGCAUCUCCCGCUGGGAGCUGGUCCAGGCUGCCCUGCCUCAUGUCCUCCACUGCACCUCCAUUCUGCUGUCCAACAGGAACAGGCUGGGCCACCAAGACAAGCUGGGCGUGGCCGAGACCAAGCUGCUCCACACGCUGCACUGGAUGCUGCUGGAUGCUGCCCAGGAGUGCAACCACGAGCCCAGCCUGGGCCACGGCUGGUCCGGGGGCAGCAGCAGCAGCGCCUUCCUUCAGCCCGUGGGCAACCAGGGAUCGUCCCCGGGGGCUCCCGGCUCGUGCUCUGGCUCCGUCCUAGGGGGGUCGGGGCCCCAGCAUAGCGGCUCCCUGCUGGAGGAGGAUGAGCACGCUCGUACCAAGCUGUUCCACAAGAGCAUGGCCACAGUGGAGCUGUUUGUGUUCCUGUAUGCGCCGCUGAUUCAUCGGAUAAAGGAGUCGGACCUGACCUUCCGAUUGGCCAGCGGACUGGUGAUAUGGCAACCCAUGUGGGAGCACCGGCAGCCUGACAUCCCUGCCUUCACUGCACUCAUCAAACCGGUCAGAAACGUUGUGACAGCCAAGAGGAACUCCCCAGUCAACAACCAGUGCAGCCCCUGUGGAUCUGGCAACCCGGGUCCCAUGGGCUUCCAGGUGGUUUGCGAAGCCACACAAUCCGAUUCCUCCUCCCCCGCAGCUGGAGAGCGGCGCUGUCGUCGUGGUAACUCAGUCGAGAAAGGUGGUCCUUCUCAACAACCCCCACCGGGGAAAGGCCCCUCCAAGAAAAAGACAUCCGCCCCUGCCGGCCUGCCAACCUCCCUGGCCCAACGUGCACGUUAUGCCACUUACUUUGAUGUGGCGGUGCUGCGCUGCCUGCUGCAGCCACACUGGACGGAGGAGGGUGUGCACUGGGCCCUGAUGUACUACCUGCAGCGCCUGAGGCAGAUCCUGGAGGAAAGACCUGAACGAACCCCGGAACCCUUGGUCACGCCUCUGCCACGCCCACGCAGCAGCUCGAUGGUGGCUGCCACGCCUUCACUGGUCAACACCCACAAGACUCAGGAUAUGAGUCUGAAAUGCAAUGAGGAGGAGAAAUCUCUUAGCACGGAGACAUUUACAAAGGUCUCUCUGACCAACCUCCGUCGACAGGCAGUCCCGGACCUCUCCUCGGACCUGGGCAUGAACAUUUUCAAGAAGUUUAAGAACCGGCGUGAGGACCGUGAGAGAAAGGGCUCCAUCCCCUUCCAUUACACAGGGAAGAAGCGUCAGCGUCGUAUGGGGAUUCCUUUCCUGCUCCAUGAGGACCACCUGGACGUUUCCCCCACCCGCAGCACCUUUUCCUUUGGAAGCUUCUCUGGCCUGGGUGAUGAUCGGCGGGCUCUGGAACGAGGGGGCUGGCAGGCCACCAUCAUGGGUAGGCAGAGUGAGACUGUUCAUAAUCAUAAUAGAUUGCAUGUCCCCAGUUUGCAAUAUUGCCUUCUCUCCCCUAAGCUCCCACUUGGCAAAUUCACACGGAGGGGCAGCACAGACACGGCUGCAGAUGCCGACAGCCUGAGCGCCAAACACUCUCAUUCCCACCACUCUCUGCUCAGAGACAUACCCGACCACUCCAACAGCCACAGCGAUAACACCGUCCGAGAGGUUCGAUCUCAGAUCUCCACUAUUACCAUGGCAGCGUUCAACACCACCGUGGCGUCAUUUAACGUUGGCUACGCCGACUUCUUCACCGAGCACAUGAAGAAGCUCUGUAACCCUGUCACUGUCCCUGAGAUCCCUGCGGAGCCUCUGGCUUGCGCCAACCUGCCGCGCAGCUUCACCGACUCCUGCAUCAACUACUCCUUUCUGGAGGAAGGGGAGAACAUUGAAGGGACCAAUAACUUUGUGCUGAAGAACGGCAUGCUGGACCUCACUGCUGUCUUACGGGCUCUCUAUGCCGUCCUCAGCCACGACAUCAGUUCCAGGAUCUGCGACGUUAGCCUCAACAUCAUUGACUUCCUGCUGCAGUUGGGCGUGGUGCCCGGCAUGGGCAAGAAGCUGUCCAAGCCAGACAACAAGGAGAACCAGGAGGCGCGAGUCAAAGACACAGCCGCUCAGGGCCUCGGAGGAGGCGCCCAGGGUAGUGGGGCAGUCCCGGGGGCAGGAGCAGGUGGAGGAGGAGACGGAGGCGGAGGUGGAGGUGGAGGAGGAGGGGGAAGUGGUGGAGGAAGUGGGCAAGGGAGCAAAGAUGACGUGAAGAAUAACAAGGAUAAUGAUAAAAAGGAAGAGGGCUCUGGCUUCAGCACUCCCCGCCUGGCUCUGACCAUGCUGAUAAAGAUAGUCAAGUCGCUGGGUUGUGCCUACGGCUGUGGCGAGGGACACCGUGGACUCUCUGGAGAUCGCCUCAGGAUGCAGGCCCAGAACUGCCUGACCAGCCUUUAUAAGCUUGACAAGGUGCAGUUUCGACAGACAAUGCGCGAGUACGUCAACAAAGACUCUCUCAAUAACAUUGUGGACUUCCUGCACGCACUGCUGGGCUUCUGCAUGGAGCCCAUAACUGACAAGUACGGCAGUGCAGGUGAGAGGUCCAGGAGGGCGAAAAAAAGAAACAUCGACAAGGCAGGCUUUGGGAACAACUUCACCACGGGGGACAACAAGUCCGUGGCCCAGACUAUGGAGGCGGUGGUGGUGGGAUGCAUGUUCAAGUCUCUCAUCACCCGCUGUGCCUCAACCACACACGAGCUGCACAGCCCCGAGAACCUGGGUCUGUACUGUGACAUCCGCCAGCUGGUGCAGUUCAUUAAGGAGGCCCAUGGAAAUGUGUUCCGCAGGGUGGCACUGAGCGCGCUCCUGGACAGCGCCGAAAAGGUCGCCACCACCAAGAAACCCGAGGAGAAGGAAGAGACCAAACAGCCUGGACCCCGGAGGUCAGAGGCGGGUGUGUCCGGGGAGAAGGGUCAGGUGUCCAGUGCUGCAGAUGAGUGUCGCAGCUACAUCUCCAGUAGACCCCCCCAGACACCCGAACAUGACGAACAGAUCCCGGGUGCUCUGCUGGGCCGGAAGGACUUUUGGAGGAAGAUGUUCAAGUCGCAAAGUGCCGCCAGUGACACCAGCAGCCAAUCAGAACAGGACACCUCGGAGUGUACCACCGCCCACUCUGGCACCACGACGGACCGCCGCUCCCGUUCCAGAUCCCGUCGCAUUUCACUUCGCAAAAAACUAAAGCUCCCAAUAGGCAACUGGCUGAAGCGUUCCUCUCUUUCUGGACUGACCGACGGCGUUGAGGACCUGCUGGAUAUCAGCUCCGUGGAUCGACUCUCCUUCAUACGUCAGAGUUCAAAGGUGAAGUUCACCAGUGCGGUGAAGUUGUCUGAAGGGGGCGUGGCGGAGCCGGAGUAUGCCAGGGACGAGGAGGAAAAUUUCUUCAAGCGGCUCGGUAAAUGGAGGUCUGGCAGGAGGAAUCCAUCCAAGCUUCACCACACAGAAGAGAAAGAUGGACCCCAUGGUUUUCAAGAGCGACUAGCAGCCAGUCAGGAAGCCAUGAAGAACAAGAACGUGGUGAACUUGGGCGCCAUUCGCCAAGGCAUGAAACGCUUCCAGUUCCUGUUGAACUGCUGCGAGCCAGGAACCAUACCUGACGCCUCCAUCCUUGCCGCUGCACUGGACCUGGAAGCUCCAGUCGUGGCCCGGGCGUCCCUCUUUCUCGAAUGCGCCCGAUUUGUCCAUCGCUGUAACCGUGGUAACUGGCCAGAGUGGAUGAAAGGCCACCACGUUAAUAUCACCAAGAGAGGCCUGUCCAGGGGCCGAUCACCUAUUGUGGGCAACAAAAGAAACCAGAAACUGCAGUGGAACGCUGCCAAGCAUUUCUGCCAGUGGGGAGACGCAAUCGGCACAAGGCUCAGCGAACUCUGUCACUCGGACAGCGAGAGCCCUGCCAACAUCCUGGGUUACAUUUUUGAUGAAGAGACCAAACGAAGAAUGAGAAAAGAAGACGAGGAAGAGGACUAUUUAGACGACAACACAGUCAAUCCUACGAAAUGUGGCUGCCCCUUUGCUCUAAAGAUGGCUGCCUGUCAGCUGUUGUUGGAAAUUACCACUUUCCUACGAGAGACCUUUCCCUGCUUACCACGCCCACGUGCUGAACCUCUCGUGGAUCUGGACAGCUGCCGCAUGCGUCUGGACCCGGACCAUGGUCGCCAUCGCUAUGAGAGGAAGAUCAGCUUUGCAGGCAUCCUUGAUGACGAGGACGGACACGAUUCGCUUAACAGCAGCAGCCACACGCUGAAGUCUGACACCACUUGCGAGGAGAAGAAGCCGCAGGAAGUUCAAGAUAAUCUCGGCCCACUUCCCUCUCCUCCAGCACCCAUCCGUAAGAUUCGUAUCGGAGGCUCCCGGCUCCUUCAGAUCAAAGGGGCCCGCAGUUUUCGCAUCAAGAAAGGUGGCUCUCUGUCCUCUAUACGCCGAGCUGGGAGCCUCAAGAGCACCAAGAUGCCCCGGCAGGACUCCGAGUCAGAGAACGAAGAAGGUCUGCUCUCCCAAACACAAAGCCGGGACACUGUUACUGACAUAGGCAGUCCCUUUAGCACCAGUGAACCCAGCAUAGAACCAGAGGGCCAGGGCUCAGGAGGAGCAGAGGACAACUAUCACCGCAACAUGUCCUGGCUCCAUAUUAUGAUCCUGCUUUGCAACCAGCAGAGUUUCAUCUGCACCCAUAUAGAUUUCUGCCACCCACGCUGCUACCAGCACCACAGCCGCUCCUGUGCCCGUCUGGUCCGCGCCAUCAAGCUUGUGUACGGCGAGACGGUGGACAGCUUGAGAGAGGACAGCGCAUCCUCUGGUAACAUUGGGGCACGUGCCAAGAAGAGUAAAGAGUGUUCUGACAAGUCUUGCCUGAGGACUCCGUCCAUGAAGAGAAGACCCAAUGACACCAACACAGAAGGGAAGAAGGAUACAGGCAUGCUCAAGUACAUCCGCACCCAGGUGAUGAGCCUGUCACCGGCCCCACUUUCGCUGCUGAUCAAGGCAGCUCCCAUCCUGACUGACGAUAUGUAUGGAGACAUCCAGCCUGCAGCCUGGGAACUCUUGCUCAGUGUGGAUGAACAUAUGGCCGCUGCUGCUGCUGCCAUGUUCCUUCUGUGUGCGGUAAAGGUCCCUGACGCGGUGACCGAAAUGAUGAUGGCAGAGUUCCAGCACCAGGAGGCCUGCCAGCGCAUUAACUCCAUCCUGAAGUUUUACACACUGUGGCGUUUCCGCUACCAGGUGUGGCCUCGCAUGGAGGAAGGAGCCCAGCAGAUCUUUAAGAUCCCUCCACCCAGCAUCAAUUUCACUCUGCCAUCUCCUAUACUGGGCAUGCCCUGUGUCCCCAUAUUCGACCCCCCCUGGGUGCCCCAGAACACAGGCAGCGUCCAGGACCCAAUCAAUGAAGACCAGUCUAAAUCCUUCUCAGCACGGGCCGUGUCGCGCUCCCACCAGCGAGCCGAGCACAUCCUAAAGAACCUGCAGCAGGAGGAAGAGAAGCGACGUCUGGGCCGCGAGGCCAGCAUCAUCACGGCCAUCCCCGUGGCUCAGGAGUCCUGCUACGAGCCCACAUGCAGCCCCCCGCCUGAGCAGGAGGAAGAAGCAGAAGAAGUUGUGAACCUGGCAUCACGCCGUCUGUCUGUCAGCCCAUCCUGCGCCUCCAGUAACUCCCACAGGAACUACUCUUUCCGUCGGGGCUCUGUGUGGUCUGUCCGCUCAUUGGCCAGCGCUGAAGAUGAAGAGAACACAACAGAACACACUCCUACUCACCACAUGUUACAGCCACCCCAAGCCGUCUUCCCAGCAUGCAUCUGUGCUGCAGUCCUACCAAUAGUGCACCUCAUGGAGGACGGGGAGGUUCGAGAGGAUGGCGUGGCUGUAAGUGCUGUUGCCCAACAAAUCCUAUGGAACUGUCUGAUUGAAGAUCCGGCCCUGGUUCUCCGCCACUUCUUGGAAAAACUAACAGUGAGCAACCGACAGGAUGAGCUGAUGUACAUGCUGAGGAAGCUCCUGCUCAACAUUGGAGAUCUGCCGGCCCAGACCUCUCAUAUCCUCUUCAACUACUUGGUGGGACUUAUCAUGUAUUUUGUCCGGACUCCGUGUGAGUGGGGAAUGGACGCCAUCUCGGCCACGCUGACCUUCCUGUGGGAGGUGGUCGGCUAUGUGGAGGGGCUCUUCUUUAAGGACCUCAAGCAGACCAUGAAGAAGGAGCAGUGUGAGGUCAAACUGCUGGUCACCGCAUCCAUGCCAGGAACCAAAACUCUGGUGGUGCAUGGGCAGAACGAAUGUGACAUCCCAACACAGCUUCCAGUCCAUGAAGAUACUCAGUUUGAAGCCCUGCUCAAGGAAUGCUUGGAAUUCUUCAACAUUCCCGAGGCCAGAUCAGCACACUACUUCCUCAUGGACAAACGAUGGAACCUUAUCCAUUACAGCAAGACAUAUGUAAGAGACAUCUACCCCUUCCGGAGAUCAGUCUCUCCUCAGCUCAACCUGGUCCACAUGCUGCCUGAGAAAGGACAGGAGCUUAUCCAGAAACAGGUGUUUUCCCGUAAACUAGAGGAAGUUGGCCGGGUCCUCUUCCUCAUCUCCCUCACACAACACAUGCCAGCUGUGCACAAGCAAUCCCACGUUUCCCUGCUGCAGGAAGACCUCCUUCGUCUGCCAUCCUUCCCACGAACUGCCAUCGAUGCAGAGUUCUCACUGGUCAAUGAGCCACAAGGCAAGGAGCUGUUUGGAUUGGACACCCUCCACAAGGUGCUUUGGAUCAAACUGCUGGAGGAAAUGUUUCUAGGCAUGCCCAGUGAGUACCCGUGGGGCGAUGAGAUGAUGCUUUUCCUUAACGUUUUCAACGGGGCUCUGCUUCUGCACCCAGAGGACAGCGCCCUCCUCAGGCAGUACACAGCCACCGCCAUCAACACCGCUGUUCACUUCAACCACCUGUUCUCCCUGAGCGGUUACCAGUGGAUCCUGCCAACCAUGCUGCAGGUCUAUGCUGACUAUGAGAGCGACCCUUUACUCAGGCAGGGCAUUGAAUUCUGUUGCCGGCAGUUUUACAUCCUCCACCGCAAACCCUUCACCCUGCAGCUGUUUGCCAGUGUGGCUCCGUUGCUGGAAUUCACAACAAGCACCAGCACUGGCUUGUCCAAAGGAGUGUCAGCUCAGUGUCUGUUUGACCUGCUGGUCUCUCUGGAGGGUGAGACCCAGGAUGCCCUGGAUGCUCUGGAGCUGGUUAAGGCUGAGAAACCUCUACGAUCUCUAGAUUUUUGUUAUGGUAAUGAGGACUUGGCCUUUUCCAUCAGCGAGGCCAUCAAACUGUGUGUCACCGUGGUUGCCUACGCCCCUGAAUCCUUCAGGAGUCUCCAGAUGCUGAUGGUGCUGGAAGCCUUGGUCCCCUGCCACCUCCAAAAGUUAAAGAGCAAUACAAUUACAAUGGAGUCGGCAUCGGCUGCCAGGGAUGAGAUAGCAGCCAUCGCUGCUCUGGCCACAUCCCUGCAGGCCCUCCUCUACAGCUCAGAGACCCUCACAAGGCCCAUGACAGCACCCCAGAUGUCCCGCUGUGAUCAGGGCCAUAAGGGAGGCACUACAGCUAACCACGCCAUGUCGGGGGGGGUCAACACCAGGGACAACCUCCACCUGUUGGAGGAGGGCCAGGGCAUGCCGAGGGAGGAGCUUGAUGAGCGCAAUGCUAGGGAGGAGUUUCGCCGACCACGGGAGUCCCUGUUAAACAUCUGCACCGAGUUUUACAAACACUGUGGGCCGCGGCUCAAAAUCUUGCAGAACGUCGCCGGUGAGCCGCGGGUCACGGCACUGGAGCUGCUGGACAUCAAGUCCCACAUGAGACUGGCGGAGAUCGCCCACGCCCUGCUAAAACUAGCGCCCUACGACACCUUGACCAUGGAGAGCCGAGGGCUGCGCCGCUACAUCAUGGAGAUGCUGCCCAUCACCGACUGGUCGUCCGAGGCUGUCCGCCCAGCCCUCAUCCUCAUACUGAAGAGGCUGGACCGCAUGUUCAACAAGAUCCACAAGAUGCCUACGCUCAGGUGCGCUCGCCCACAGGCAUUAUGCACCAGGAGACAGGUGGAGUGGGAGGCGGCCAGCAACCUGAUCGAGGGCAUCUGCCUCACCCUGCAGCGACAGCCGAUCAUCUCUUUCCUCCCACACCUUCGCUCGCUGAUCAACGUCUGCGUCAACCUGGUGAUGGGUGUAGUUGGUCCCUCCAGCGUGGCGGAUGGGCUUCCUCUUCUCCACCUCAGCCCUUACCUAUCCCCUCCUCUGCCCUUCAGCACAGCAGUGGUCCGACUGGUUGCCCUGCAGAUCCAGGCCUUGAAGGAGGACUUUCCUCUGAGCCAUGUAAUCUCACCUUUCACCAAUCAGGAGAGGCGAGAGGGGAUGCUGCUCAACCUGCUCAUUCCCUUUGUGCUCACUGUGGGCUCUGGGAGCAAAGAUAGCCCACACCUGGAGCAGCCGGAGGUCUUCCUGCUCCUCCAGACGGUCAUCAAUAUCCUCCUGCCUCCUCGGAUCAUCUCCACCUCCCGCACCAAGAACUUCAUGCUGGACGCUUCCCCGGCUCACUGCUCCACCCCGGGCGACACAGGGAAGGAUCUGCGCAGAGAGGGAUUAGCAGAGUCCACCAGCCAGGCUGCAUAUCUGGCACUAAAGGUGGUGUUGGUGUGCUUUGAGCGCUCAUUGGGAAACCAGUGGUAUCGACUGAGCCUGCAGGUGAAAGAGAUGGCCCUGAGAAAGGUGGGCGGCUUGGCCUUCUGGGACUUUAUUGACUUCAUUGUCCGAACCCGUAUCCCUAUCUUUGUCCUGCUGCGACCCUUCAUACAGUGCAAGUUGUUGACACAGCCGGCUGACUCUCAGGAGGAGAUCACAGCACGUCACCACAUCGCUGACCAGCUUGAGCGAAGAUUCAUCCCGCGACCUCUCUGCAAAAGCUCCCUGUUCGCCGAGUUUAAUAACGAACUCAAGAUCCUCAAGGAGGCUGUGCACAGCGGCUCAGCUUACCAGGGCAAGACGUCCAUCAGCACGGUUGGCACCUCUACAUCAGCCUAUCGCCUCAGUUUGGCCACAAUGUCGCGCUCCAACACGGGCACCGGUACAGUUUGGGAGCAGGACAGCCAACCAUCACGCCAACCCUCCCAAGACACACUCAGCCGCACGGAUGAGGACGACGAAGAGAAUGACUCUAUGAGUAUUCCCAGCGUGGUGAGCGAGCACGAAGUCUUUUUGCCUAGUAUGAUCACACAGCGCCGUUUCUCCAGCCACGCCACCGGCUCAGCGGCCUUGCAGCCCGAGGCCCCCCGCGCAACAAUGCUGCCCAGCCACAGUGAACCCAAUGUGCUAGAUGGUUCCCAGGGCCUUCUGCAGGAGGGUAACCUCUCUAGGGUGGCCAGUGUGCAGAGUGAACCGGGCCAGCAGAACCUUCUGAUCCAGCCUCCCUUAGGAAGAAAGAGAGGUCUCAGACAGUUGAGGCGCCCCCUUCUGUCCAUUCCCAAGAAUGAACCACGCGGAAGAUCAGGAGCGAGGCUUUCUACAACCCGGAGGAGCAUCCAGCCAAAGAACAAACCACUGGAAACUGUAUUGGACUGUGAAGCGCAUGGAGACCAAAAGAGGUCAGUCACCUUUACAGAGAAUCAAGGCCAGCAGGGGGCCAGCAAGCCCCCAACUCCUAGUACUACGGACCCUUCAGCUGAGGGCAGGAAGGCCAGUCCUGCCCCUUCAAAGUCCCCAACACUGGAAGUGCCCUCUGUCUCCUCGGCAACGGUGACGGCCGACCUGCACAGCGUGCACAACACACAGGUAGGACCAGCGGAGAGAGGACUGGAGCAGGGAUGGGUCCCUCCACCUAAAAGCGGCAAGGAGAAGAGUGAGCAGUGGGGCCUCCGCAGCAGUCUCUCCCCUCCUCCCUCCAUCUCCCGCCCCUCCACCCCAACACCCCCACCCCGAACCUGCUCCCCCCUGCCCCUAUCCCGGACCUCCUCCCCUCUGCCCUUGUCCCGCACCUCCUCGCCUCUCCUCCCACCACUCCCGGUGCUUUGCACGGCGCCGGCCCCAGGCCCCCCGCUGCCUCCACCUCUGCCGCCAGCCCCUCUCCUGCCGCUGCCGCCGCCACCGCCGGGGCCGCCCAGGAUCAGAACAAGCCCUGGGGACGAGGACACCACUGCGCUCCUGCUGCGCAGCGACACGCUGCUGCAGCUCAGCGAGGACGAAGGCACAGAGAACCCCCUCCUCACCCCGCUGCUGUGCCCUCCCUCACCUCGUUGGUCACCCCGCCAGUUGCCCCUGCCCCUCUCCCCUGUGGACCUCGACCUGGAUGAGUCCCACGUUUGAGAUUGGGGGCUGUAUUUUUGUAUCUGUAGCCCAAGCCAAAUGCCACACAAAUACCUGCAGGAUACGGAUAACAGGGAGGCUGUGCUGCAUACAUUUC